UUACCAAACACGUGUUCAAUAGUUAAACUACUGUUUUAAUUUUAAUUUAAUUGAUUGCCUUCUAACAGUCCUUACGAAUGACAUUGAAAAUUGGUAUGGAAUUGUUAAUGGUGGGAAUUUGUUUUAUUUGUUGAUGGAUGACAGAAUAUAACUACUUAAUAAGUAGUGUCAUACUAGCAGAACUGAUUAACAAGUACUUUCUUGGUUGCCCUAUAGGAAAAUAUAUGAAAAUAAUUAGGAAAGGUACUAGCGCUAGAGGACCAUUUCUCAAGAACAUCUCAUUUGUUUACGUUGCAGAGCUUUCGAAUAAUUGCCAAUUUUUGAUAUAUGCAUUUGAGAUUGGAUAUUAUGUGCUGCUGUUCGUGGUAUACUACAUAUGCGUACGUAAUGUUCACGAUAAUCUCAGCAACCAUGCAAAUCUCGCAGAACCUUAAUUGAAACUUAAAACAAUGUUGACACUAUUAAUGAACAUUGCCACUGGACGUUAAGCAACGAACAAUCAAUCAAUAUGAAUGAACAUUUUGCUGCCACGGUUAAUAUGAUGUGGUUGAUCAAGUAGAAUGUUAUGGAUAACGUCAUUAAACAGGGUUACUUGAAGAAAUCCAGACCUACAGCUCCUGGAAGUAAUCCAGCAAAUAGCUUUCUUCAGCUUUUUGAACCAACACGAUGGUUUGUGUUUGGUCUGCGAAAUCGUCGUCCAUAUUUAGAGUAUUAUGAAAAAGAACAGCAUGUUUUCACAGCUCAGCCAAUCAACAACUUUGAUCUUUACACAUGUAAAAAAGUUACUUAUACUCUAGGUCGUAACAACAGAAACUGGACAUUCUGUUUAUUUCUAGAAGACAGGGUUCUAGAAUUAACAGCAGAUUCAAGGGAGGUGAUGUUAAGUUGGUGUAGGACUCUGGAACAUACAUUACAAAAUUAUGGAGCUUUAAAACAUGUGCCAUCAGAACAUAUAUACAGUGAUUAUCCAGUAAGAUACAAACCAAAGAAGUCAGCCAGUCCUCCACCAAUAGAAGACAGAGAUUCAGCCACACCCACUCCUCCUCCAUCUGAACCAGCCCCACCAGUUCCACAAGAAAAUGGAUUUGUACCAUUACAACGCAGAGCAGGAGCUGAAUAUUGUAACUCAGACUGGGUAGUACCUGAGAAGCCAGAGUCUGAAAACAGUGAACCAGACACGUCAGAAGAUGAUUUUGUCAACGAAGAGUUCUUUAAACAGAAAAGAUUAGAAGCAUUCAGUAGUAAUACAUUAAAACCAAUAUCAAAAACUGACAAUCCUAUCGUAUUACACUCCAGAUCAGUUGCCUCACUGCCCAUGAGGUCUUAUAGUUUACCAGCAGAAUAUUCAAAUGAUACUCCUCAGUUACCAGCUAGACCACACCGGAAUAAACCAGUCACAGCUGAUACCUCAGAACCUCAGUACAGUCAAGUUAACAAGUUUAAACCUAAACCAGAAGCAGAUUCUGAAGACGUUUAUGAAUCAGCAUUUGAUUUUGAUGAUCAGAGUUCACAAUCUAAUCAUUCAAAUAGAAAUACAUUAACUGAACAAUCAUAUGAUAUAACUGAUGAUUCAGAUGAAGGUUUAUAUGAGGCAGCUUUUGAUGUUAAGGAUACUCAACCUCUGUUCGAAAAAAAAAUGUCUGAUCCGAUUGUUGAACUUCCAAAACGAAAGUCUAAAUUAAAAGAUAUAGAUGAACUUUCGUCUGAGAAAAGAAAAAGUCAGAUCGCUGUGGAGGAAAAUGUCUAUUCGGGUUUUAACUGUGAAGAGCAAAAUGAUGAUGGAAAAUUUGUUGACAAAAAGGCUGACCUUGCUAAUAACAAUAUAAAAAAUGAAAACAUUUACAGCAAUACUAAUUCUACAGACAUUCCUGUGUCCAAGGGACAUUCAAAAGAAAAUACAAGUCAAAAUCAAAAUAAGGAUCAUAUUUACUCCAAUACUGAUGCAUGCAUUAUUGCUGAAGCUACAUCAAAAGAAACAAUGACUAAUGACGAAGAGUCUCAAGGUACUGCUAGUCCCGUCAAACCCCCUAGAAGGAACUCUAGAAAUGCAUCAAAAAAGAAAGUAGAUGCAGGCUAUGCAAAUUUUGAUAAAUUAGGAAGUAAUAAUCCCAAAAAGGUGACAGACAAACAUGAACAGACAGUAGAAGCUGUUCCUCUACCUGUUAGACCUCUGGCUGUGAAGGAAAAUAUUUACGACUUUGGAAAAUGUUUACCUCCUCCUGUGAAUAAAAAUGAUCAAUCAAAGUCUGAAUUAUAUAGUAACUUGAAUUCUAUAUCCCAUGGCAGUGCUGAUUUUAAGUUAAGUUCAAAAUAUGCAAUUCCACCACCCUUGAAUUUAAAUUUUGAUCAUACAAGAUCUGAUUCCUCCUCACCUGAAACUCCUAGAAGACUAAUUGAUGCAAUUAAAAUGCCACCAAAGUUUGAACCUAUAUCAACCAAAAAUGGACUUGAGGACUUACCACCAUCACCAACCUCACCAUCAACACCUGUCAAUGAUCCUGGUUUAGUGUUUCCUACUGUUCAUAAAUCAAUAAUAGAUGUGACUGAUAUGUCUCAUAAGAAGCAGUCAACCCCAUCACCAAAACCUCGUCAUUCCAGACCUACAUCACACUCGCCAAAAAUUAGACAUUCUGACAAAGUAGUCAAGGAAGCACAAAAUGUACCGUUACCCAAGCCAAGGCUCGCCUCUGGAAAACAGGAACGUCCACGGUCUUUGAUAAUGCCACAGCAGUAUGACUACAUGUCGUCUGUUCACCAACCUAUACGAAAAAAUACUGGAGAAGCAUUAUAUUCACCUGUGUUAAAUAAGAAAUGGUUUGGUUCUCAACCAAUGCCUGGAAUAAGCUCUCACCCGAAAGCUGUUGUUGCUUCACAACCAAUGUUAAAUGUUAGCUCCAAUCCUGCAUCGAAUAUUGCAUCUCAACCAGUAUUAAAGACUGGAUUUCAACCAAUUUCUAUGGAAACAACAGAUGAAAUUUAUCAAGUGCCAAAAAGAGCCAGAUCUGUAAAGCAAAAGCAUGAACCCCAACCAACUUUCAUUAGUCGUGAUAUUGAAAGUAAUGCUCUUGGUUCCUCACCUAGCCAUGAUGGCUUCCAGUUUAAUGUUCCAAAGAGACAGAUGUCUGGUGAUGAUAAUGAGGAUGAAGACAAUGAUUCACAUGAUUAUGAAGAUGCCACUAUGCGUCAUGGUGAGCCACCCCUGCCACCAAGACGAACCACAGCAGCUGCUUUAAAUAACCGUAGUCAGAGUGUGUAUGUGCCAUGUAAUAUUAACCCAGAAGCAUCCAACAAAGUGAUUGUUAGACAGACAUCCUUACGUGAGAGACAGAGGAUUUCAUCGGCACCAGGAUUGGUGACUGUUCUGCCAUUAAAACAAAGCGAAAUAGACAUUUUACAAGAGGAACAACAAUCACAUGGAAUAAUUGUUAAAAUAUCUCCUGCAGCUUGUCAAAAGAUAGCUUUGGUGGACAGCUUUAAUGGAGUGUGGAUUAUAGGAUGGGAUUUUAAACAUUAUCCAAGGUUAUCUGAGAGUAUUCACAUCGGUGAUGAAGUUACAAAAAUCAACGACCUCAGAGUAACUAACGCUCAUAUGGCAAAGAAAGCUUUAAAAUCGUGCAAUACAGAACAGAUGGAUCUGGUUAUAAAACGUCUUCCUUAUGCUAAAGUAAUGGCCAUACGACGACAUCAGACCGGUGAAAACCUAGGAUUACAACGUCUAGGAGGAACUGCUGAGAUAACUUAUGUGGAUCCCUCAGGACUUACUGCUCAACAUGGUUUGACGAAAUAUGCUCCGUGUGUGGAAAGUGAUGGAACCUGUAACUGGUGGAUUACAGAAAUAAAUAAUAGGCCACUCAAUUUGUCCUUUAAAGGCAAUGAGAUUGAGGCUAAACUAAAUGCAGUAGGCAAAGACAUUUCGAUUGUUGUUCAUCCAUCUGAUUUUAUAAAGGAACUUAGAAGACAACUGAAAAAGAUGAGAAACUUUAAAGAUUUCUUGGCUGUGGCAUAAACAGAAUACCCAACUGAAAAUGAAUGUCAGCAAUUCACAGUAAAUGAAAUGGAAAUGUAAUUAUACAUGACAAAUACUGUCUGUGAUCACUUUUAUAUAGUCCCAUGUAACACAGUCUGGUAAAAUGGAUUUACCUUUAAAACGCUUGCCUCUGCACAACAAAAAUUGUAAUACUUCAUUUUUCAGCUCACCUGGCCCGAAGGGCCAAGUGAGCUUUUCACAUCACUUGGCGUCCAUCGUCGUCGUCGUUAACUUUUUACAUUUUGAACUUCUUCUAGAAAACCACUGAAUGGAAUGAAACCAAACAUGGUAUUAAUGUUCCUUAUGAGGUGCUGACCAAGUGUUGUUACUUUGUAGCUGAUCCAUCGUUAAAGAUGGCCACCAGCGGGGGACUUCGUUUAACAUAGGACCCUAUGGACAAUAUAUACAAAUGUCUUCUUUUAGAGAACCACUGAAUGGAAUGAAACCAAACAUGGCAUGAAUGUUCAUUAUGAGGUGCUGACCAAGUGUUGUUACUUUGAAGCCGAUGCAUCAUCCAAGAUGGCUGCCAGCGGGGGACUUCAUUUAACAUAGGACCCUAUGGACAAUAUAUACAAAUGUCUUCUUUUAGAGAACCACUGAAUGGAAUGAAACCAAACAUGGCAUGAAUGUUCAUUAUGAGGUGCUGACCAAGUGUUGUUACUUUGAAGCCGAUGCAUCAUCCAAGAUCCAAAAUGGCUGCCAGCAGGGGACUUCGUUUAACAUAGGACCCUACAGACAAUACAUACAAAUGUCUUCUUUUAGAGAACCACUGAAUGGAAUAAAACAAAACCUUAUGAGGUGCUGAAUAAGUGUUGUUACUUUGAAGCCAAUCCAACAUCCAAGAUGGCCGCCAGAGGGGGACUUAGUUUAACAUAGGACCCUAUGGGAAAUACAUACAAAUGUCUUCUUUUAGAGAACAACUGAAUGGAAUGAAAUAAAACAUGGCGUGAAUGUUCCUUAUGAGUUGCUGACCAAGUGUUGUAACUUUGUAGGCGAUCAAUCAUCAGAGAUGGUCACCAGCGGGGACUUAGUUUAACAUAGGACCCUAUGGGAGAUACAUACAAAUGUUUUCUUUUAGAGAACCACUGAAUGGAAUGAAACCAAACAUGGCAUGAAUGUUCCUAAUGAGGUGCUGGCCAAGUGUUGUUUAUUUGUAGCCAAUCAGUCAUCCAAGAUUUCUGCCAGCGGGGAACUUAGUUUAACAUAGGACCCUAUGGAAAAUACAUACAAAUGUCUUCUUCUAGAAAACCGCUGAAUGGAUUGAAACCAAACAUGGUAUGAAUGUUUCUUUUGAGAAGCUGACCAAGUGUUGUUACUUUGUAGCUGAUUUGUCAUUGUCCUUAUUAAGUCAUUUUCUACAAUUUCAAUGAAUUUAUUGGUAAUUUCUGUAAAAUUUACAAAAGUCUUUUGCUUUUAUUACGGGGCCAAUAGUAAACCAAAUUUGGCCUCAAUCAUUAUUAGGGUAUAUGUUAUGAUUUUAAUCUAUUUUUACUUGAUUUCCAAAACCAAAGUAGAAUCAGGUGAGCGACACAGGCUCUUGGGAGCCUCUAGUUUAAUAAUUCCAUUUUUCUUCACAUUAUACAUGAAAAAUGAAUCAACAUUUAAUACAAGAUCAUUAUUAAAGGAUGAUUCAGUUUACAAAAAAAUGUGACAAAGUAGAUUUCUGCUUUUUGCUUUAUCUUAUUAAAAACUUAUUUCAGAGUAUAUCAUAUUUAUUCUAUACACUCCCUCUUUUGAGAUAUCUGUGUUCUGUCUUUAAUCUUCAAUUCAUUUUAUUGGAUUUAAGAUUUUAAAGGUAUUUUCAGCAUAAUCAAACAUUUUAUUGUCAGAAACAUAGUUUAUGUAUGUCAGAUAGUCCACGUAGAUUCAAACAUUAUGUUUAGUACAGGAACUUAAUAAACUGUAUGGGUCACAUUUUAGCAUGAUAAGUGCAAUACAAGAAUUUUAGAAAGUUACCGAUGAAAUGUUUGGGUUUUUGUGUUGUUAGGUUUUUUUCUUGGACACCAUAAUGACUAAAAGCAAUGUGUGCAGAUUUUUUUUUUAUCUCCUUAGGAAGCAUGUACUUAAUUAAGAAAGCAUAAGAUUUUUUCAUUGUUUUAAGCAUGACAUGAAUGGACUUAAUAUUUCGCAACUGUUGCUCAGAUAUUACUGGAACAUUUAACACACAUCAUGCAACAGUCACCUUUCUGCUGAUCAACAGGGUCAUAUUGUUUAAUUCCUCGAUUUCUAUGUAGUGGUUUGUAAUAUUAUAGUAUAUUUAAGAUUUUUUUAAAAGAGGAAUACAUCUUCUAGAAUUAUUUAUUUAUAGAAUAUAUUUGUAGAAGCGCUAGCUCUUUCAGUAUUAUAAAAUGAUUAUAGUUAAAGUGCUAUGUUAGCCUUAAGCACUGUUUGCCAUUUAUACUAGCCCUAUAUACUGGUUUGCCAUAAAGAUAUGUUAUUUUUAUAUAUUUUUAAUGUUUAACUAUUUUGACAAUUGUACAGUUUAUUGUUUCAUAAUGCAUUCAUUAAUAACAGGCUAUUAUUUGAACUUGGAAUUAUUUUCAAUUAUGGAAUUUGCAUAAUUUCUUGUGCUUGAAAUUUUUAAUAAAUUCCAUGUUUAUUUGGUAUUAUAAUGUUUUGAGCAGUUCAUAACACUUCUCAUACAAUGUAUUUUGUAUAGAUAGUGUUGUGCGCGGCACAGAACAUUCUAUUGAAAAUGUACUAUCUUCUUUGUAAUAGAAAGUGUUGUGCGCAGCACAGAACAUUAAAGUCCAAAUAAACAUGGAAUUUAUUAAAAAUUUCAAACACAAGAAAUUAUGCAAAUUCCAUAAUUAAAAAUAAUUCCAAGUUUAAAUAAUAGCCUGUUUAAUGAGAUCAUCAUAUUAUAUGAAGAAUUUGAAUUGCUUAUAAAUGUAAUACCUGUAUUUUGAAACCCCAUAUUACAAUUGUUAGUUGUUGUUAAAUGAGAAUGAUGAAAAAAUCUUCUAUCAAAUUUAUUUUACACCGUAUAAGUAAUGCCAUUUGAACAAAACAUGAACGUAUUUUAUAUUUGACUUUGGAAGAAAAAAAGUACUGUAAAUUCAGAAAUUAUUGCGUGCAUUUACUAUUGCGAUUUUUCAAGAAUGGACAAAAAUGCGAGAGUAAUUAUUGCACAGUAGAUAGUACAGAUAUAUGUAUCAGAAAUCAGAAUGCGAGUUCUUAUUAUUAAUGUGAUAGUCACCCAGUCGCAUUAUUCGCAUUAAUAAAAACCUCGCAAUCAUUUCUGAAUUUGCUGUAUGCAAUUUGACUUUGACAUUUCAAAAAUUACAUUACAUAAAUUAAAAAAAAAAAUUUCGUGGCAAGGUAAUAAUGUAAUUAUUAAAAUUUUACAAUUAAAACCACUAUUAGACAGAAUAUUUCAUAAAGAGCUAUAGUUUUCACACUCAUAGCCCAUGUAUAUUAUAAGAGGAAGACAUUUCCAUGGUAACUCUGGUGUUUGUAAUCACAACUUCCAGACAUGAACAUAACUUUUGUUUUUAUUACACUAUAACAGUUGAGAAAACAUGACUGUGUAUGAACUGUCUAUGGCAGUUGCAGCCAAAUAUAUGAUUUAACCAUUAAAUAGUUACAUCAAAGUUGAAACUGAUUUUUGGUUUGCUUAUUUGAUAGAAAUAUGUUGUUUUUGUAUGUAGAAAAUCUGUUGUAAAAUUUUCUACUUAAUUUUAGCUUUUGCUGUUUUAUAGCUUAGCAAAUCAUUUACAAUUAAUUGUAAAGCUAGAAUUAGAAGAGCACUUGUUGCAUUCCAUGAUUACUGAUAGGACUUAUUCCAAUCAGAUAGUUUAUUAGGGACCAUAGUAUUAAGUUAAAUAAAUAUAUCAGCAUGACAAAUAAUCUGUAAAGUUUCAUCCUUUGCUUCUAAUUGGUAGACCUGUUUUAAGGGAAAUAACUCUUUUAAUUAUUAAUGUGUUUGUUAUAUGCAGUUUCAUUAAUGCUAUAGGUCACAAUCAACCAUUCAAUAUUAUGGGUGCAGCAAUUUUAUGAAGAUAACAUGGUAUUCAGAAUUAAGAGUAUGGCUGAUCCUGAUUGGUCGAGGUGUGCACCCUGUAUAUUUUAUUACUAGAGACUUCUUGCACUCUGCAUUAUACCAAAAGCAAAAGCAAAAUAAUAUGUUUGGCAGAACUGAGAAGUCUUCAAUACUAUGAUGAGACACAUGUUUUUAAGUGCAAAAUUGAUCGACAAGGAAGUAUAAGUACAAAUUACAUUAAGAAAAGCGACAGGAACCUAUAUUUUUUUGGACUAAAAAAUACUGUCCUAAUAAUUAUGCCCCACCUACGAUAGUAGAGGGGCAUUAUGUUUUUCAGUCUGUGCGUCCGUUCGUUCGUUUGUCCGUCUGUCUGUCCUGCUUUUAGGUCAAGGUAGUUUUUGAUGAAGUUGGAGUCCAAUCAACUUGAAACUUAGUGACCAUAUUCCCUAUGAUAUGAUCUUUCUAAUUUUAAUGCCAAAUUAGAGUUUUGACCCCAAUUUCACGGGCCACUGAACAUAGAAAAUGAUAGUGCGAGGGGGGCAUCCAUGUACUAUGGACACAUUCUUGUUUUUCUUUAAGUCUAGCAAGGUUUUGUUAAAAAAAAUUCAACUUUUUAAAGUCUGUAUCUUGAAAAAGGCUACCAUUGUCACCUAUGGAAAAGUUAAUUGUAUUUUGCAAUCUAUAUAAGUAUUGGCAUAACACAGACUUAUGAUAAUCUAUGUUACAUGGAAGCUUGGAAAUAAUUAUGCAAAUGGUUGAAACAAAACAUAAUAGUGAUGUUUAAGAGUUAUGUUCAUUUAUCCAGGUGUACCUCCACAAAUCUUGAACUACAUUUGGGUUACAUAAUGUAUAGUUUGCAAAUUUAAGGUGCUUACAUGUAGUUUUUUUUUAUUCAUUAGAAAAAGAUUUUUAUUGUUGUUGUUUUUCACUUGUAUAAUAGUUCGAAUGAAAUUGGAUGAUAUUUAAAGCCAUGCAGGCAUGGUCAUUAUUUUUUUUAAUGUCUCAAAACUACAGCAUACAUACAUUCACAUAUGAUAUAUGUACAUGUUGUCAAUAAGCUUGUUAUUUUAUACAAGAUUUCAGUGAUGCUAAUAGCACAGUGUAAAAAUCAUUUGUUACUACAUUUUGUAUGUCGAGAAAAAAAAAAGUUUCUCAAUCUUUCUUGUCAAUGGGACAAGAAAAACAAUCCCACAUUUUCUAUUUAAGUAUUUUUUUAAACGUUUUGUUUCAAAUUAAAAGUUGAAAAUAUUUAUAAAAUGUCCAUUAAAGAAUAACCACAUGGUCACAUUGUGGUUUUAUUCUGUUUUCCUUCCUAUGAAAUAUUUUUUGCCAAAGUUGACAAAUUUAAUAACUUUAAUGUGUCGAAAACACAGCUGGUUCUUCCUACUUAGCUGACCAAUUAAGAAUAUUAGAUUUGUCACAUUUGGAAUGGGGAAAAGAAAAGAAUUUAUGACGCAAGUCGAAUACAUGUACAAUGUAUAUAAUUUAAUUUAUUAUGCAAUACACAUGUUUACAAUUGUUCCCUUCUUUGUAUCAAGUACAAGAUUGGACGCUUAAUUGCAAAUUAUGCAAUAAUUUCAUGCCAAGUUACAACAGUAAAAAAAUUAUCACUGCCAGGUCAGUAUAUUUAAACACUUUUUCAAGACAGAGUUAAAAAAACACAAAUCUUUCUUUAACAUUUUUACCAAUAACAGGUUCACAAUUCCAUUUAGUUCAUACUGUAAUACUAUUGAUACAGAUUCCUUUAUGUCUUUACCUUCUUAUGGUAAGAAUUUGACAAUUUGAAAAAAAAUAUCUUAAAUUUCAAGUCCUCAAAAUAAGACUGAAAUCAUGUGAAAAACUUUCAGAUGGUUGGUUUUACAAAAUAAGGAGAUGAUGUAUGAUUGUCAAUGAGACUACUAUCUACCUGAAACCAAGGAAUACUAAUGUUUUAAGUCCCCUACCCCCCCCUACCGACGAAAUCGAAGGGGACUUUAGGAUUGCACUCUGUCUGUCUGUCUGUCUGUCCAUCUGUCAGUCCGGCAAAUCAGUUUUCCACACUUUUUUUCUUCGUGCUUGAAGAUAUUGAUUUGAUAUUUGGUAUAUUGUUUAUCACGACAAGUUUCAGAUCAAGUUCGAAUUUUGUUCCGGUCUGAUGAUUUUGUGCAGAGUUAUGGUCCUGGGACUUAGAAAAUUCACUCAAAUAAUCAGUUUUCCACAAUUUUUUUUCGUCAUGCUUGAAGAUAUUGAUUUUGAUAAUUGGUAUAUAGUUUUAUCAUCGCAAGUUACAGAUCAAGUUCAAAUUUUGUUCAGGUCUAAUGAUUUUAUGCAAAGUUAUGGUCCUUGGACUUUGAAAAUUCACUCAAAUAAUCAGUUUUCCAUACUUUUUUUUGUCAUGCUUGAAGAUAUUGAUUUGAUAAUUGUUAUAUAGUUUUAUCAUGACAAGUUACAGAUCAAGUUCGAAUUUUGUUCUGGUCUGAUGAUUUUGUGCAGAGUUAUGGUCCUUGGACUUAGUAAAUUCACUUAAAUAAUCAAUUUUCCAUACUUUUUUUCGUCAUACUUGAAGAUAUUGACUUGAUAUUUGUUAUAUAGUUUACACCAUUACAAGUUAUAGAUCAAGUUAGCAUUUUGUUCCAGUACAAUGAAUUUUUAGCCGGUAGGGGACUAUGUAUUGCCAUGCAAUACUCUCAAAAUGCUUGUUAUGCUUUAUAAUUAACAGAUACAUAAUGUUUUCCUUAAAUACAAUUUCUGUAAUAAUAAGAAUUUAUUUUGUACACAUAGAUGUUUUUGGGCUGUUUAUUUUGCUUUAAUAUAAGGAAUUGGCCAUAAUACAACAAAUAUUUUCUGAAGUACUGCAUCUUCAGAAACAUUUAGACUUAUUUGACUGACUGUUGAAUUAUGUAGCACUAGACAUCAUCCUUUUUUAUCAUGCAAAAAUAAGUACAGAAAUUUGUAAUCUUUGAAUCCUGAGACUGUACACAUGCCUUUUUAUUCACCAUCACUGUACAAUAAAUAGUUAACAAGAAAUGUCUCUUAAAAAGAAAUGAUAGCUCAAACAUCUUUUUCUAUAUUAGAAAAAAGUUAAUUUUGAUAUAUGGUUUAAACAUCUGAUUAGUGACUGGUAUUUUACAAAAUCCACAACAAAGUUUAGUGAUUUUAUCAAAUUCCUAAAAAUUUAAAGAAUUUAGAAUCAAUGUACAGUGUGUUUACAAAAUCUCUAAAUAUUUCUGUAAGCAGAUAUUAAAAAUCUAAUGUAACAUAUAUACUUUAGUAUCAUAAUUUUACAGCUGCAGGUCAGGCUGAUAAUCCAUAAUAAUUUUCAUUUUUGUUUACAUUAUCAUAAUUUCAGUAUAAAAUAAUUUUGUAUAUGUUUUUGUAGAUGAUUGAAGAUAUAUAAGUAACUAUAUUUCUUUGUUUGUUACAUAUGAUGCUUUGAGAAAAAGCAAUUAUUUUUAAACAUCGGAAAAGAGGGAGAUAUGGUGUAUUGAUUCAUGAAACAAAAUCCAUAAGCAUGUUUAACAAAAGCAAGGGAAAAUUACUUAAUCAAAGCAAGGGAAAACACUUAAUCAAAGCAAGGGAACAUACUUCAUUGCUGUCUUCAUCUCUAAGUUAGUGAUCUUUCUAGUUUCAGACAUAUUUAGAAAUAAAAAUUAGAGGUGGAUUUGAAACCCAAUCCUUUAAACUUGCAUAUUUUUUGUUGUUAAUAUUUUAGAUAAGAUGAUCUGCCAUAGCUUUUCAUAUUAAACCGCUGCAUCUUGACAUGAUGGUUUAUCAUUAAACCAAGUCUGUAAAUAUAACACUUACUGAUAUAUUGUAUUUCUAUAAAUCGUUUUAAAACCAAAUCUCUUAUUCUAUCCUUUAAAUAUUUUUUUUAUAGCAUACUGAAAUCUUUUUAUUCAAAAUGGAGACUCUAUUUGAGAGAUCUGUAGCCUUUUUCACAAAAAAUCUUACGAUUUAAAAUUGGUCGCAAAUUAUAAUGAAAUGUUGUUGAAAUAUUAGUAUUUUUUCUUGUAAGACUUUUUGUGAAACUGAUAGCAGAAUGUUAUCAGAGUCUACCUGGGUGACUGACUGUUUAGUUUACUCUUGAUCCAUAUUUUCAUAAAUAUGUUUUUUGGCAUAAUUAAAUAUGAGCAACAACCUUACCCAAAAAGAUAUUUUACCUACAUCAUCAAGAAGUUUAACGCCAUAAGCUAAUAUGUCAAAAUUCCAAAUAAUAAAUUCUUAUAUCUGACAGACAAAUGUCUUGUUUUUAUCAAAAGGAUAAUAUUUGAUAGAUUUAUAUUACUUUUUGAUUUUCAGUUUCAAUGGUAAAAAAUUAAAUGCCCAUAUCAUGUCUUCUGCUAUUUUAAUUUCAGAACAAAAUUUUGAUUUCAAGAAUAAAAAGUAAAUUUGGGGAAUAAUGUUAAAUCUAAAUCUGAAUGUUUGUGUUUUAAAGAGGUUGCAGUGAAUCAAUAUUAGGAACAAUAAUGACUGGUGAUUAACUUUUUUAAAUACUAUUAUACCUUAUUAUCAUGUAUAUCUACAAACUUGACAAAAAUGUUUGCUUCAUAUAUGCAAGUGAAAAUGAAUUCACUUUUGGUGAAAAAAAUUAAGAUAAGAAUUUGGAAUAUAUGUUAAUUUUAAAAAAGCUUAUCAUUUUACUAGUUUAUAAUGUGCAGGCAUAAUUAUGAUUCAUUAGUUUGCAUGUGUUCCAAGAUAGCCUCAUGCCGAACCGGUACAUGUUAUUUAAACCAUAUGUAUGUGGAAUUUCUUUAGCAAAAGGGGAAAAAAAACAUGAUAGAUAUAGUUCCCUUAAACGAAUAAUUUGUACAAAUAGUUGAUAUAAAUAAAAUGUGCUGGGAGGAAAUUCAUGAAAUUUAGUCAUCAUAACGGAUUGCUUUACAGUACCAAAUAAUAUGCGAUUGUAUAUGAACAUGAACUAAGUUUUUUUAAUUGUUAUGAUCAACAAUUUUUUCUGUAGACAGAAAGGUUCAGCUGCUUUCAGUGUUUGAUGAUGUUUUAGUCCUUGCACACACAUCAUACUUGCACAAACACAGUACUUACACACACACCAGUACAUGCACACACACAAGUAAUUGCACACACACACCAGAAAAGUCUGUAUUGUAUUAUUCGCAAGGUAGAUUACAUUCAUGACAACUGAUUUCCAAAGAAACAAAUUAGUAAACUAAUUUCAUGAAUUAAUAUUACAAGAAGGUUAUUUUCAAAUAUAUUUUUAUACCAUAAUUAUUUAUACAUUUUUGUUAUUAAAGGAUGUUUCCAUACCAGUAUUUUGGUUGGACCCUCUGAGAAUCUCUUGAUGUUUGUCCUCUUAAUUAAUAGAAACAGAUAACAAAACUAGGUUUAUUGUUAAUAACUACUUUUUUUGUAAAAUAAACUGAUGAUAGUUAUUGCCAAAACUUUUUUUCAUACAAUACAGAGUGCUCAAAGGCUAUUGGAUGAUUUCACUUAUAAAUACAGUUUAUGAAUUUAAUUGAUUGAUUUUAAUCUGGUUAUGAAAUGUUUUUAAAAUUGAAUAAUUUCAAUGCAAAUAAAAAGUCAAAUGAAAUAAAAUCAAAUUGAUAAAAAGGUUAGAAUUCUGUUUAUUUCCAUGUCAAACACAGCGGGACCAGUAGAUAAAUAUAUAUCUGACCAAAGAAAUCAACUUUAUAGGAGGAAUAAUCAUUAUGAUAAUAAUCAUUAUGAUUAUUCACCAAGAAAAACAAGUUAGAAGAAAUAUUUCUACACUUUUAUUGCAUAAAAUAUCUGAAUUGUUUACCUUUAUUUGUUUGAAAUAACAAAAGAGCACUGUAAUUUUGUAACAUGAAUAAAUGUGUUUUGUUAAAAAAUUCAUUUAAAUACAGCUUUAGAAACUUAUUGUUAUUAUGUUAAAAUAUAUAUGUUUUUUUUUUGGAAAUAAAUGUUAUUUUUUCUAGAGUUUAUGUGUAGUAAAUGUAUGAGCAUUUAAUGCAUGUUAUAUGUUUUUUGCUAUUAAACUAUUCAGAAAUUUAGAA